GUGAGAUCCCUCGGGCUUCGUCGCCCGCACUGCUGCCCAUUGGGCACCUUGCCAUAGAACACGGAACGUAAACAAGUCCGCUACAAUAGUAACGUUUUCCUGCAAGAAUAGACGCGGUUUACACUGUUAAGCAUGAUGGCAAAAACUUAGAAAUGUUUUCAAGACAUUUUGAGCAGUGUAUCAAAAGCUAAAUGUGCACCAGAAAAUAUUACCCAAAGUGGUCGCCGUAUUACAAAUACAGUUGGUAUUCAAAAUGGUCACCCUACAGCAAAUACCGAUGGUAUUCAGAUUGGUCGCCCUACUACAAAUACCGCGGUAGAUGGUAUUCGAGUUCCUCCCCGUAUUACAAAUACGGGUGGUAUUUGUCACCGUAUUACAGAUACGGGUGGACCUCGAGAUUGUGGCCCAAUAAGUACAGAUGGUACUCAAGCAUCUGGCCUUAUUACAACUAUAACUGGUAUCCACACUGGUCAUCAUACUACAAAAGCUAUUUCGACGAUAACUACUACGAUUUGAAAUACAAAAUGAACAUGUUUAAGUCGGACUUGGCGUCUGUUCCGAAGAACAGAUCAGAUUUUGUGAACGACCUCGAGAUUCCUGACGAUUGGCGACGAGUUUAUGACGAAGUUGACGAGUUGGUGACGACACGCAGACGUGACAGCCUGCUGUCAGGGAGUUGUGACGAGUGUGACGUCAGGCCUGCCAGUGCACUCAGCACGGACUCCAGCAUAUCAUUGUCGCGAGCAAUGACGGAUUCCGAGAUUGAUUACGAUAGAUAUAGGCGUCUCCGCAACCGAAGUCAAAGCGAUCCGUUUAACGACAUGAAGAUUGCCCUCGAAGCCUUUCCAUCGGAGUAUCUGACGUCACUUCGAGAUUUCCAGGAGACGUCAGCCCCGGUUACUACCACCUACAAACGCGAGAGACCGUUGUACAAUGAGGCGCUGCAUCGCAGGAUGGCGAAGUAUUUCGAUGAGGAGUGCCGGGUAUUCGACCCUGAUGACCCAGCCCUGCUGGACCUGGAGGAAGCUUUGAACAGCUUGGAUAUGAAGGCGCUGCAAGCCGAUUUGGACAAGAUCUAACUACGAGCAUAGAUAAUGGAC